CCUCCCGAGUAGCUGGGAUUACAGAUCAGGACAGAGUACAUUUCAGAGAGCACAGUUAAGAACAUGCUACUUCAUGGGAGAUGGAAGAUUGCAAGAAGCCUCUUGGCAAUCCUCACUUCUUACGCCAUUUCUUUAUUAGGCAGGGAUGGUUAAGCCUUUCCACCCUCUGGCUGCAUAGGAAGGACAGUUUCUUGCCUCGGUCAUGGAGAUCCUGUAUAGCCUGUCUUCCACAGGUGUUCCUGUCUCUUGAGAUAGCAGCUGAGCAAGCCCCGGGACAUUAUUCAUUUCUUUGAUUGAGUACCAAAGAGUUGGUCAGUUCAGAGAGUUGGCUUCUGCAAAAAAUACCCGUUUUCAGAUAGUAGUAUCUCACUCUUGAAAAUUUGCGUCCAGUCUCCAACUCCCAGCGUGAGCGACACAGAAGACCGGUGAUUUCUGCAUUUUCAACUGAGAUUCUGUCAGCUUUUAAGAACAAAUGCACCUUAUAGCUCAUGGAAGAAAAAACACAAAUCAAGACGUUUUUGGGUUCCAAGUUGCCAAAGUAUGGAACAAAAUCUGUAAGAAGUACACUGCAGCCGAUGCCAAAUGGGACACCUGUUAAUUUAUUAGGAACUUCCAAGAAUAGUAAUGUCAAAAGUUACAUCAAAAAUAAUGGCUCUGAUUGUCCAUCAUCUCAUUCAUUUAAUUGGAGAAAAGCAAAUAAAUAUCAACCUUGUGCACAAGGUGCUGAAGAGCCUAACAAUACUCAAAAUUCACAUGAUAAAAUAAUUGAUCCUGGAAAACAUGUUCCUACUCAAGGAAUGUUUGAUAAAAGUGGGAUGAAGGGAGGUUUGAAAAGUGUUUCUUUAUUUACAUCAAAGUUAGCAAAGCCAUCCACUAUGUUUGUGUCAUCUACAGAGGAGUUAAACCAAAAGUCUUUUUCUGGACCAUCAAAUUUGGGUAAAUUCACCAAAGGCACAUUAUUAGGAAGGACUUCAUAUUCUUCGGUCAAUACUCCAAAAUCACAGUUGAAUGGAUUUUAUGGAAACCGGUCGGCUGGUAGCAUGCAAAGGCCUAGAGCAAACUCCUCUGCCACCAGAAGCAGUUCUGGAGAAAGCUUAGCUCAAUCCCCAGACAGUAGUAAAUCUGUUAAUUGUGAAAAAAUGGUAAGGUCACAGAGUUUUUCACAUUCCAUUCAGAAUUCAUUCCUUCCACCUUCAUCUAUAACCAGAUCACAUUCCUUUAAUAGAGCUGUGGAUCUUACAAAGCCUUAUCAGAAUCAACAGCUAUCCAUUAGAGUGCCUCUACGGUCAAGUAUGCUAACAAGAAAUUCCCGGCAGUCGGAAGUACUCAAUGGGAAUGAACAUUUGGGGUAUGGAUUUAAUAGGCCUUAUGCUGCUGGUGGAAAGAAGUUGGCUUUACCAAAUGGCCCUGGUGUAACUUCUACUUUAGGUUAUAGAAUGGUUCAUCCCUCUCUACUGAAAUCUAGCCGAUCUCCAUUUUCUGGGACUAUCACAGUUGAUGGAAAUAAAAAUUCACCUGCUGACACAUGUGUAGAGGAAGAUGCUACAGUUUUGGCUAAGGACAGAGCUACUAAUAAGGACCAAGAACUGAUUGAAAAUGAAAGUUAUAGAACAAAAAACAACCAGACUGUGAAACAUGAUGCUAAAAUUAGAUACCUGAGUGAUGAUGUGGAUGACAUUUCCUUGUCAUCUUUGUCAUCUUCUGAUAAGAAUGAUUUAAGUGAAGACUUUAGUGAUGAUUUUAUAGAUAUAGAAGACUCCAACAGAACUAGAAUAACUCCAGAGGAAAUGUCUCUCAAAGAAGAGAAAGAUGAAAAUGUGCCACCACAGGAUAUAUUUGAUUCCCCCAAGGAAAAUGAAAAAGUCUGCAGUAAAACUGAUGAAUGGAUAGAUAUAAGUGUCUCUGACAGGAGUGAAUGUACAAAACAUACUUCUGGGAAUAAUUUGGUUUCACCAGAUACAGACUACAGAGCUGGUUCUUCGUUUGAACUAUCUCCAUCUGAUAGCUCUGAUGGAACAUACAUGUGGGAUGAAGAAGGCUUGGAACCCAUUGGAAAUGUCCAUCCGGUUGGGAGCUAUGAGUCCUCUGAAAUGAACAGCAUAGAUAUUUUGAAUAAUCUUGAAUCAUGUGACCUUGAGGAUGAUGAUCUUAUGCUUGAUGUGGAUCUGCCUGAGGAUGCACCUCUUGAAAAUGUGGAGUGUGACAACAUGAACCGCUUUGACCGAUCAGACAGAAAUGUUCGGCAGCCUCAGGAAGGUUUUUGGAAAAGGCCACCCCAGAGGUGGAGUGGACAGGAGCAUUACCAUCUCAGCCACCCUGACCACUAUCAUCACCAUGGAAAAAGUGACUUGAGCAGAGGCUCUCCCUAUAGAGAAUCUCCUUUGGGUCAUUUUGAAAGCUAUGGAGGAAUGCCCUUUUUCCAGGCUCAGAAGAUGUUUGUUGAUGUACCAGAAAAUACAGUGAUACUGGAUGAGAUGACCCUUCGGCACAUGGUUCAGGAUUGCACUGCUGUAAAAACUCAGUUACUCAAACUGAAACGUCUCCUGCAUCAGCAUGAUGGAAGUGGUUCAUUGCAUGAUAUUCAACUAUCAUUGCCAUCCAGUCCGGAACCAGAAGAUGGUGAUAAAGUAUAUAAGACUGAAGAUUUAUUAAAUGAAAUAAAACAACUUAAAGAGGAAAUAAAGAAAAAAGAUGAAAAGAUCCAACUAUUAGAACUUCAGCUUGCAACUCAGCAUAUCUGCCACCAAAAAUGUAAAGAGGAAAAAUGCACUUAUGCUGAUAAAUAUACCCAAACACCCUGGAGACGAAUUCCUCCUCAAGUACUACAGCCUUCCAGCAGCCUUCCCAGACCCACAGACCACACCCAGGGAAAACUAAUAAAGCCACAACAUAUCGAGGCCCACAGUGAAUGCGCAAUCCAAGACACGCAUCAGGGCGUUGCGCAUCUGGAAGAAAGCUUUACACAAGUCUUGCAACAAGAAAGCAACUAUGGUUUGGAAGAGCAGCCUUUUUCAUCAGGCCCACAAUUAAUAAUGGAUGUGGCUAAGAGUACACCUUCUGAAGCAAACUUAAACAUUACUGUAAAUGCUCAAGAGCCUUAUCAUUUGGCAAACAAUCAAAUUAGUGACAUGCAGUUUACACCCACUUCUCUUCAGACACCUCCCCAGUCAAGUACAGUAGACCAGGCUAAGAGAGUUGGAAGAAAUCAGUCUCCGCCAGUGGGUUAUGUGUCUCAGCCCAAGUCCUUGCAGCUUUUAAAGCCAUCCAUAUUGAGUUCUUUGGUACCGCCUCCAGUUUCUGAAUCAUCUCCAAGUAGGACUUCCACUUGUAAAAAGUCACCAAUAAUUGCAACAUGUAAUUCAGCAAAACUUCAGCCAACAUCUAGUCAAACAAAUCUUGCGAAUAAUCAGAAUCUGAAAGCAUCUAAGCUCCGCCCCCCCUCAGGCUCUUUCAAACAAAAACAGACAAACAGCCCCCAACUAGAGCCUCAAAGCUUCCAGGCCAAGACAAGCAUCCCAAGACCACUAACCCAACGAAAAGAAAUCAUGCAGAAUCCUAAUGGCAAUUUGCAUUCUGGAGAUUGUUUGGCCUCUAAUCGCUAUUCUCGUCUUCCUAAACCAAAGAUACAUUAAGUACAUAGCCAUCACCUGCCAAUUUGUUUCUUGAAAACAAUCUGUUCUGUAAUAGCUUUAUGUGCAGCUUGCUACCAUGGUGGAGGUUCCAUUGAAAGCCUGCAAAUCUUAAAUUAAAAUGUGGAAGCUUCUACUAGUUUGGCUCCUUCAUUUUAUAUUCUGGUUGAAGUACAUGCCAUUUGAGCAUAAUUAUCUCAGGUAAACACGAAAGUUUGCUUACCCAUUUCAGAGGCCUGCUAAAGGCCCGAAUCAUGUUAUCCAUCCCUCUCCAUGUCAGAAAAUUCAUAAUAUUUUACUGAGCAGGCAAGAAAUGUGCUUUGCUGGUUUAGUCCUGUUAAGGUCUGUAUUUAUUGUGGUUGUCAGAACCUCACCCCUUUUCACUUGUCUCUCCUGUGAAUAUGGCUACUAUUUUAACUAAAGAUAUGGUGAUAAUGGAAGAUGGUAGUCUGUAAGCAGAGUUCUGGCCAGUGUUUUGUAUAUUUAAAAGGUCUAUGCAAAAGCUUUGUGAUGAAUAAAGGAAAUUAGGCUUUUAAUGGAAAGUCUAUGUAAGUUUUAUUUUUCCUUGCCAGGGUCAGCCAGCUAAUGUUACUAUUGAUUCAUUUCCCAAAUUCCCCAGGCUGAAAAUGUUUCUUAUUACAUACAAAUCAGUUAUAUAUUCCUUUACAUCUUGUUUUACAGACACAUGCAGUGCGCGCGCACACACACGUACACACACAUACCAUUUAUGUUUGUAUUUGUUACUGGGUAAAUUUUGGAGAGCUUGAGAUGCAUCUUGAAACCUGUACCUAAAGAUGUAUUCAUUUGUAACAUAUGUUGGUGCUAGAGUUUUGCUGAUAAUUCAGUUUUGAACCCUUGGGCUUAUGGAUCCAUGAUAGCCAUUUUAAGGUUCCACAGCAUUAUGUCUUUAAUUGUAAUAUUUAUAUUUAUUGAUUUUCUGCUAAUAUCUGAAGACUGAAAUAAUGAACUUGAAACAUUUGCACAAAACUUUGAUGGGGUAUAAAUAUACCAUAUAUAGGGAUUUUAAACUAUUUUCUAUAGCAAAACAAGUUAAAAUAUUUUGAGAAAAAUAAAUUUAAAUAAGACUAUCUUGAGAAAGCUGGAGUUCAUAAUAUUCCCCCCACCCUCCCCGGUCUCCUAGGUUUCCCUUUUCUGUGGUUUUUCGGGUUUUUUUGUUUCUUGAGACAGAGUCUUGCUCCAUCGCCCAGGCUGGAAUGCAGUGGCGCAUCUCGGCUCACUGCAACCUCUGCCUCCUGGGUUCAAGCGAUUCUUUUGCCUCAGCCUCCCAAGUAGCUGGGACUACAGGCAUGCACCACCAUGCCUGGCUAAUUUUCUUGUAUUUUUAGUAGAGAUGACGUUUCACCUUGUUGGUCAGGCUGGUCUCGAACUCCUGACCUCAACUCCUACACCUUGUCUAUGGUGUAUUUUUGAAAGACAAUUUUUUAAAGGUAGAUUUGGGAAAAAAGUAGAAUUGAAGAUGGGAAAUUUUGUUUUAUUAAAAAGGUGCUAGAAGGUAUUUCAAAGACAAUAUUCUUAUUUUAAUACGCUGUAGAAGGUAGGUGUGGAACCUCCACGCUACCAUGUGCACGAACCUAAUUAUGCUUUUGGCCACUUGUCAGUUCAGUAAGUCUGCCUUCCUCUUCUCCCAAAUCAUGUCAUCUUUAGGUUGUUGACCUGCAGCUGCUUUAAAUGAAUUAAUAUCUUUCAGAUAGAUAACCUUACAAGGAGAAUGUUUGUUUUGAGCAGCUGACCAAAAAUGUAUCAAACAGGAUUAUGGCCAAAAAGUCGCUCAGAUUUCUGGAGAUUCCUUUAAAAGAUGUAUGUUGAUGAAAUUGCCCCUUUCUAAGAAAAACAACAGCAAGUCUUUUAGUAGAAAUUUGAAAGAAGUGUUUGCUACCAUUUUGACCCAUGAUUCCCUUACCUAUCAGAUGAAUUUGCCAUUCACUGGAUAGAAACCAUUCUUGGAUUUGGGAAGAGGUGAGCAACACAAAUCUAGUAUCUUAUUCUUAUGCACCAGCACUUCUGAUGGAGAAGCAGUGAAGUUCAGAACAUUCUUCACGUAGUCCGGAUACUGUUAGAGUCAGGCAAAUCAGCAAAGCACUUACUUGUUUAUGGAGUUGACCCAUGAUGGCUGCAGUUGUAAGUGGGCAUACGUAGUCUAUCAUUUUGAAAGAGAAAGAAAACCGUUCUCACAUGUUGCAAAUAUGUGAAUCAUACUGUAUUUCCCUAAAGUACAACAUACCGUGACUUAGUGGUUUUUGGUUUAUUUAGAAGUUGGUUUAGACCCUUAUGAAACAUUAUUUACGAGCUGGCCUUAUCCUUAAGGGAAAAGUUCUAAAUUUUUAAAUUUAUUUUUAACUCCCUAGUCUGAGGGAAAUGUCUUUAUUGUCCAUUACAUAAAAAUGUUGACUCCACUCAUUUAUUUUUCUCCAUUUUUUCCUCCAUGCAUUUAUUCCAUUUUUCUCUAUUUUUUUCUUCCCUGUUGGAUUUGCAGAAAUGUUAACCAAUUAGCUCAACUUUUCUGUACCUUUGUUGAGUCUUAAUCUUUUCGAAGAUAGGCUCAUCGUAUAUUUAUGAAGCAUAAUAUAUUAAGAGAAAACAAAUCUAGGAUGCUUGCAUGACAUAAAGUAUUUACCUGCAGUUUUCCUUAAAAACUGCAAGAAUAUCAUGCUUGUCUGCUCCUUAGUAAAUGUUAAGUCUGAAAUGGAAGUGAGGAUGUAACUCUACUGAAUAAUCAAAGAUCAUCUUAGAUUUGGCUUGAUCUGUGUUUAUUGCUUCUACUAAUGUAAAUCAACUCUGUGCCAAAUCCUCCUCCACAGGAACACAAACCGUUUAUUAUCUUAAUUCUAGUGAUAUCAAUGAAAAUAGUUACAGUAUAUGAAUUCUAAGUCCUGAGGAAGAAAUUUUAUGGGGUUUGUUAAGUUUCACAUUUGUAAAAGAGGAAAUUAGUAUUCAGACUUCGAUAUUUGGCUAUUAAUGGGAUGCAUAUCAAAUUUUUAAAAGAAAGCUUGGCCUAAGGAGUUUAUUGGUACAGGUGCAGAUGAUUUUAAGGCAUUAAAGGAUUAUAGAGUUAUGUCAUUUAGACUGUUUCUAGUAACUGAGACCAGCUAACAUUUUUCUUUUGGAGUCUCAUUUUUAUUUGUGCAAUAUUUUCAGGCAUAUAGGCUACUGUUCAUUGUAUUUAUAUAUAUAUUAGAAUUUACUAAGUACUUUAACAAGUAAAAAUCUGAAUAUGAAAGAAAAUAUCAGAUUUGCACUUUAAAUGAGCUUAAUUGCUUGGAGUUGUGCCUGAAAUAUCGAAAUGCCUCCUAUUGGGUGUGGCUUUGUUGAAAUAAUUUGUAAUUGUUGCUGUUUGAAGAUAUCAGUACAGCUGUUCACAGAAAUAUAUUCCCAGCAUGUCACUUUUCCCGUUAAAGCACUAAGUUUUCUUUGAAUGUUCCAUUGUCCCGAUAAGUAUUUUACUUUUUUCUCAGUACAUCAAAGAGCGCGUGAUGCCCCUACAGCUGUCACUUCCAAAUGUUCCUAUAGCAUAAAUGGUGUUACAGACACAGGGGUGCACUCUUGGUUUCUGAGCAGAGUUGUCAUACUGGUUUCCUGGUCUCUAGGGCACUGGGGAUGUACUUUGAAAAAACCGAACAGGCUUGCAAUUAAGAUCAAUAAGACUGCAGCACCAUUUCAAUUUACUUUCCAUCUUACACAGUAGUUUUUGUGUUUUUAAAUUCAUUUGGGUGGUUAUGUUUGCAUGCUUAUGCACACAUUUGAAAAUUAAUUAUAGCUGUACUACCUGAUGUUUUUCCUUGGGGAUGAUGGCCUUGUUACUUUUUAAAUUCUCAUGCUUGAAUUAUAUUUUCUAAUGAUCUUUCACAUCUCCCUUUAAGUGUUUUGCUGCAGCAAUUUGAGAGAAUACUUUUGAUUAAAUGAUUCGGAUGGUGGGCACCAAUCUACAACUGUGUCAUUAACUGAAGAUACAUGUUUUAAUCUUGUUGGGAAUAAGCUCACCCACUUUCUCCUUGGUAAAGCAUUUACUUAACAAAAUAAUACCCUGAGAAUGUAAGGUCUCUAAGUCAUUACUAACAAAGAGCAAAAAUAAUAUCUGCAGUAUUGUUUUUCCCAUUGAUUUUAAAAGUCAGUUUAGAGUACAAACUGUAUAUUAGAAUUUGCCUGUAAAAUGAAUUCUAAAAAACAGAUGUAAAGUGUCUCUUGAAAAUGUUGGCAUAGUAAAUAAAAAUAAAGUUCAUAAUUAUCCAAGUU